AUGAUAAUUAAUAUAUCAUCCAUUUGUAUUAAUGCAUAUAACUUCAAUGGAGUUAAUGGACUUCUUCAUAUUAGAACAGAUGGAAUUUUUCAUUAUGGAAUUGAUGGACUUGUUCAUUUCACUGAAUUUUGGUUGAUUAUUGGUUAUUCUGGGAUGCUUAUUUUUAGUCUAGUUUGUGCAUGUUCAACGAAGAAAGAGAAGAAAGGUUAUCAUUUACAAGCCCAAAUAUUUGCAGCAUUAAAUCCAAUUAUAGAAUCUCAGAAUGUAAUUAGUCUAUUUUAUGAAAAUUUUUUCGGUACUGUGAAUACUACUAUCAUUUCUUUGGGAUUUUUACUCAAUAUAGCAUAUCUUAGUAGACUUCCAACUUUAGGAUGGUGGUUAGAAACUCAUGAAAUUGGUGCAAAAGAAUUUUGUUAUCUAUUAAUAGAGAAAAAAGGAAUUUGGGGUAUGAUAAAAGUAUUUUUUAAAUAUGAAGAUGCAACAACUAUGAAUGAGAUAUUCUUGGAAGCAUUGCGGGCUGCAUAG